UUAAACAACCCCAGAUUCAAAGGAAAAAAAGUACAAGAUAGCAGGCCAUUCUACCGAAAUUUCUAAUAAAACAGUUUGAUUCCAUUUAUAUUCAACUUUAACUGGCUUGGAAAAAUUGACUUCUCUAUUCGACAGUACAAUGAGUGGCUCAAACUCGGGAUGCGAACAACGCAGCGAAACAGAGCAUGUCUACGGCUGGAUCACCGAUCUUUGCAACAAGGAAACGCGCUUUUUGGCCAUGUUGGAGCUAUUCGAAAGACGUGGCAACAUUGACAACUUGGGUCCCUUGCUAUGGCAUUCCUUUGGAGCCGUGAGUGGAUUGCUACAAGAGAUUGUUUCCAUCUAUCCGGCAAUCUCUCGGUACAACGAACUGAACGGCCAGCAGUCGCACCGGAUCUGCGCUGCCAUCGGACUUUUCCAGACUAUGGCCUCACAUCCCUUUGUUGGCAUUGAGCUGACGCGUUGCCAAUUUAUGUGCUACUUGAUGCCGUUGCUUAAAAUGACCUCACAAACUCGGGCCGUGGAGCAUGUUCGUCUCUCCGUCCUUGGUGUCAUCUGCGGUCUACUGAAAUCGGAUCAUCCAGAGAUCGUUGGCUACUUUCUGGGCACCGAGUUGAUUCCACUUCUUUUGCGUCAGCUGGAGCUGGGUAGCAGUAUGAGUAAAGUUCUCUGCGCAUUUGUCUUGUGCCGCAUCUUGGAACACGAAAUUGGCUUGAAGUUUGCCAGUCGAAGGUUGGCUCGUAGACUUCAUUUGAUCCACACCCUUGCCAGAGUGGUUCACCAACUGACUCUGGAACCGGAGCCUAGGGUUCUCAAGCACGUGGUGAGGUUAUAUUCCCGUCUGGCUGAUCACCCUCAGAGUCGGGAGCUGAUCCUAAAGCUCCUGCCAGCGCAGAUUCGAAACGGCUACUUCUGUCAGGAGGGUCUUCCGGGCUAUGAAAGCGCUUCACAGGAGCUGGCUGAUCUCAACAUUAAGCUGACCGUGAAAAAGGACCAAGGAGGCAUAAAGGAGUGCCGGGGCCCAAUUAUUCUGAAAUUUACACGUCGACUAUUUUAGUCCCCCUAAUUUUCCUUUUCAAAAUAUAUACACAAGGCAAGAGUUCAACAUGUAAAUUCCAUUACUUCUUCUUCGGUGUAACUUUGCUUGGAGGAUUUUUUGGGAGCAAUAAAAUUGCGUAAUGCAAUAAACAGCUCGUAAAUAUUUUGAUACCAAUUU